AGUGCGCCACCGGGGUAGUUAGGAAGUAAGUUCCCGAAGUCACCUCGAAGAACAAUACAAUCAGCUGUUCGUUGAUCGAAUCCGCAAAAACAAUCUAACCAAAGCUGUCAUUGUCGACAGGGACAGGCAAAGACCAGUGAAAUGUCAUUCCUCUUUGAUUGGCUCUACAGAGGCUUUAGUGGUGUGCUACAGUUUUUAGGGUUGUACAAAAAAUCUGGAAAGUUGGUUUUCCUGGGGUUGGAUAAUGCUGGUAAAACAACCCUUCUGCAUAUGCUGAAAGAUGACAGACUUGGACAGCAUGUGCCCACGUUGCAUCCAACAUCAGAAGAGUUGACGAUAGCUGGAAUGACAUUCACCACGUUUGAUCUGGGCGGCCACGUACAAGCUAGAAGAGUUUGGAAGAACUACCUGCCGGCUAUCAAUGGAGUUGUCUUUCUGGUUGACUGUGCCGACCACGACCGCCUUACAGAAUCCAAGAUCGAACUUGAUGCCCUGUUAGCAGAUGAGACCAUCCUCUCUGUGCCUGUGCUGGUCCUGGGUAACAAGAUAGACCGUCCUGAAGCCAUCAGUGAAGGGGGACUGAGAGAGGCGUUCGUUCUCGAUGGACAAUGCACUGGAAAGGGCAACGUGUCGUUGAAGGAUCUGCAGGCGCGACCUCUGGAGAUUUUCAUGUGCAGUGUCCUGAAGAAGCAGGGCUAUGGAGAUGGCUUCAGGUGGCUGGCACAAUACAUCGACUGACAUCUAGGCAGCGCUUCUUUUACUAAACGGACUCCCAUCUUUCUGGGGGGGAUGAAGAAGAUAAGCUAUCAAAUGAAAUGGCCCAUAUCCCCCCCCCCCCCAACCCCAUGUGGAAAGAUGUGAAGCUCCCAAUAAUCAGCUUUCUGAUUGAGUACAUCUGUCAAUUUCAGCAUUAAUUGGUCCGUUAUAAAAGUUUCUAUCUAUGCAAACUUUUAAAAGUGGUUCAUGGUCACAAGAUUCAAGAUGGGUUUGCGUGUAAUACUAAUAAGUCCAUUAGUUAAGUAUAACGUCGACCCGUUCUCUGGCAUGUAAAUUAGAGUAUCCGGUUCUACCCCAACAUAUUUGAUCAUAGCUGCAAUUCAAGCUACACUAUACGGCAGAUGACCUGUACCAAUGUAGAACCUUUAUAAGGUAUACUGUGAACUUUUAAAAUUAUUUCUGAAAAAUGAAGGACCAAGUGUUUUUUUUAAAUGAAAUAGAUUAUAAAUGAUAAGGAUAUUUAUGUGAAUGGUGGCGGUACAAAUGCUUGUACAUAGCAGUCCUACCUAGAAUAAGAUGUUCUUAUCACUAAGAGGACAUGAAAGAGGAUAGAUAGACUGAGCAGGAUUAUUCCAACAGACCCAAGUUCCAAUCGAAUAGAACGGCAUCUAAAGUUUAGGGGCGGAGUCCAUUUGACCUGAUUCUGUUUCUAUACAUGGCGUGUAUAUCCCAAAUGGCAGCAUAUUGACUAUAUAGUGCACUACUUCAGAGAACCCAUACUUUCUAUGCCCCCCCCCCCCCCCCCCCCCCGGUCAAAAAUAGUGCACUAAAUAGGGAAUAGGGUGCCAACCUUGAUCAAAAGUAGUGCACUAAAUAGGGAAUAGGGUUGACAUUUGGUACGCGCCACAGGGGUUUGAGAUCAAUUGUAAUGGUCCACGCAGCUAUUGCCUUCAAUGCACUCAGCCAAAGACGUAUGCAAACUAUUUUGCAAGUGACUUUGGGAUUGUUUACAUAUAAUAGACCCGGGGGGGGGGGGGGGUUGUAGUAGUGAUGUAAUGUUUGUCCUACUACAGUUUAAUGAAUGAAUGGCUAUAGUGCCAUGAUAUGCAGGUACGUUGUAACAGGCCAGAACAAGAGACCGCCAUUGCCAUCAUUCCAUGGUAUGCAAGCAAUAAAGCGGAAUGACCAUCAGUGGCCACUGCAAUGCUAAUCUAAACAAAAAAAGGCUAUGCUACUCUACUAACACAGCUCUGGCAGAGGUUUCGUUGAAAAAUAUAGAUAAUGGUCCCUUUUUCAAUCAAGUCUGGUUUAAAAACACAUAUAUUGGUCCCUUUUUCAAUCAAGUUUGGUUUAAAAAUAGAUAUUUGGGCCCUAUUUGAUCAAGGCUGGUUUAAAAAAUGAAUCCCACUUGCGUGCUUUGAGUGACGUACUACUCAAGGAAACACCAGAUAGCCUGGGCACCAGUUUGAAUAGGGCUCUUGGUCCAUGCCCUUUCCUGUUCGCAGCCCUGGGUCGUGUUCAUUAGGCACCAAACGGAUGAAAAUGGACUGAAAUGGCACUUGGACAAUGGAAACACUCAUUUUCGUUUUCAGUUGCAAAAUGUUUUAAAAUGUUUUCCGUUGCUGGCCCUAAAAUGAACACGUCCCAGAUAUUUCUAGUAGAGGUCGACUGAUUAUGAUUUUUCGAUGCCGAUACCUAUUAUUGGAGGACCAAAAAAGCCGAAACCAAUUAAUCGGACGAUUUUCAUCUAUUUAUUUGUAGUAAUGAUAAUUACAACAAUACUGAAUGAACACAUGUUUUAACUUAAUAUAAUACAUCAAUAAAAUCAAUUUAGCCUCAACAAAAUAAUGAAACAUGUUCAAUUUGGUUUAAAUAAUGCAAAAACAAAGUGUUGGAGAAGAAAGUAAAAGUGCAAUAUGUGCUAUGUAAGAAAGCUAAUGUUUAAGUUCCUUGCUCAGAACAUGAGAACAUAUGAAAGCUGGUGGUUCCUUUUAACAUGAGUCUUCAAUAUUCCCAGGUAAGAAGUUUUAGGUUGUAGUUAUUAUAGGAAUUAUAGGACUAUUUCCCUCUUUAUCAUUUGUAUUUCAUUAACCUUUGACUAUUGGAUGUUCUUAUAGGCACUUUGGUAUUGCCAGUGUAACAGUAUAGCUUCCGUCCCUCUCCUCGCUCCUCCCUGGGCUCGAACCAGCAACACAACGGCAACAGCCACCCUCGAAGCAGCGUUACCCAUGCAGAGCAAGGGGAACAACUACUAGAAGUCUCAGAGCGAGUGACGUUUGAAACGCUAUUAGCGCGCGCUAACUAGCUAGCCAUUUCACAUCGGUUACACCAGCCUCAUCUCGGGAGUUGAUAGGUUUGAAGUCAUAAACAGCGCAAUGCUUGACGCACAACGCAGAGCUGCUGGCAAAACGCAUGAGUAUGCUGUUUGAAUGUUUACACACCUGCUUCUGCCUCCCUCCGCUCAGUCAGAUACUUAGAUACUUGUAUGCUCAGUCAGAUUAUAUGCAACGCAGGACAUGCUAGAUAUCUAGUAAUAUCAUCAACCAUGUGUAGUUAACUAGUGAUUAUGAUUGAUUGUUUUUUACAAGAUAAGUUUAAUGCUAGCUAGCAACUUACCCUGGCUUACUGCAUUCGCGUAACAGGCAGUCUCCUUGUGGAGGCAGGUCGUUAUUGCGUUGGACUAGUCAACUGUAAGGUUGCCAGAUUGGAUCCCCCGAGCUGACAGGUGAAAAUUUGUCGUUCUGCCCCUGAACAAGGCAGUUAACCCACCGUUUCUAGUCCGUCAUUGAAAAUAAGAAUGUGUUCUUAAACUGACUUGCCUAGUUAAAUAAAGGUAUAAUUUUUAUUUUUUAAAUCGGCAAAUCGGCGCCCAAAAAUACCGAUUUUCAUAACAAUCUGAAACUUGAAAUAGUCCCUAAUUAAUCGGUCGACCUCUAAUUUCUAGGCCUACUAGUAAAUCUUCUUUGUCAUUCUAAGCCUCUGUCAUUUGCAACAUUUUUUAUUAUCUUGAUGUCAAUUUAAUUUGAAUCUGAAAUGGCCAUCACUGACAUAUUUUAGUUGAUUAUUAUGUAUUAUCAGAAUGAAUUAAUGGAAACCGGUACUUCCAGCCACGUAGGCUAAUACUGCCUUAUAGUUUAAAUAGAUGGGGAAUGUUUCGUCAGUCUGAUUCAACCUACUUGUCACAUUUCCUGUCUGCUGUGUAGGUCAUUUAUUGAAAUGAUUUAUAAUGUCCAUGAUGUGAAGUAUUGGCUUUGUGAUUCAGACAAAUCUAUGGUUGAAAUGCUGCGGGUACUUCUUGACUAUCAGUACAAUGAUAUGAGAGUACGUCUGUAGCUCUGAAUCUCUGGGAAUAACAGCCUUUAUAUCAGCCAGCCUUGGGCUCAGUUCCAUUUCAAUUGAGGAGCCUUUAUAUCAGCCAGCCUUGGGCUCAGUUCCAUUUCAAUUGAGGAACUAAAACUGAUAUUCACAUUUACUCUCAAAGCUUUUUAAUGAGGAACAAUUUAAUUAUUUAAUUUAAUUGGAGUUUCAGUUUCCUACCUGAAUUUAAAUGAAACUGACCCCCAACGCUGUAUAUCAGUAUUUAACUAUUGACUACCAUUAACAUUUCUGUAUUCAUUGUAAAUAAUGUAAAAUGGAGAUGGUCUCUUUCUUUGUACAAUUCAUUAUCCCGGAGCUGACAAAACACGCAGGUUGUAUCCCAAAUAACACCCUAUUACCUACAUAGUGCACUACUGUUGACCAAAGCCCUAUUUGACCCUGGUCCAAUGUAGUGCACUAUAUAAAGUAUAGGUUGCCAUUUGGCACAUAGACAUUAUUACUGGAUGUACUUAUGAUAACUCAAGAUCAUUUUAAUGUGAGAAAUUCCAUAAAUAUUUUUAACAAUCAUU